AUGGCUCGGCCCACGUAUGGCAUUGUCCAGGCAAUGCAGUCCCUGAGAUUGUAUUCGCCCUCCUCUUACCGAUUGGCAGCUCCUGUACUGCGGAGACAGACCCGUGGCUACGCGACAGAGCCCGAAAACACCACCGGGGAGAUGCAAUCAUCGACUGAAGUGCCCCCGACGGAAUUGCCUUCCACCGAACCUCUUCCCACGAAGUCCUUUGCGACCGAAGCCUCUUCGACCCAGCCCCCUUCAGCAGCUCCUCCGGCAGAGGCUCCCCCAUCCGACAUCCCGCGUGUCGUGAAAGCCGCACCGCAGAUCGACUUUGCCAAAUUCACAUCUCAGCCCGCCCGUAUCAUCCCAGCCUCACCAUCCUACUUCUCCGGCAGCCCCCGGUUCAUCGACAACGUGCUGAUGCUGGAGUCACUGCAAGCCAAGUAUGCCUCGCUCCCCGUAGUAGGUGCCGGCGAGGCGCCGCGCAUGGCCUGGUUCAAGCUGGCCCAAUUCCGAGACUUUGUGGGCGAGCCCGUGCCGAUGAAGAAAUACAAAUCACUGCUCAAGAUUCUGCAGCGGUUGAACCGCAUCCAGCCUGAGAUGGUGCCCCAGGAGGUGCGCUCUCAUCUGAGCAAAUUCCUGCGUCCUGGUAACCCGUACGCUCAGCAGAACGUGCCUCGCACCGUGGACGAGAACGGUCGCGCUCGUGCGAAAGGCAAGCGUAAGGAGUCGACCGCCGUUGUGCAGUUGGUUGAGGGUGAGGGCGAGAUCAUGGUCAAUGGCAAAUCACUUGUCGAGAUGUUCCAGCGGGUGCAUGACCGUGAGAGUGCCCUUUGGGCUCUGCGAAGUACCCAGCGGAUGGACAAGUAUAAUGCCUGGAUUACGGUCAAGGGUGGUGGUGUGACUGGUCAGGCGGAGGCUAUCACUUUGGCGAUUGCGCGGGCGUUGCUGAUACACGAGCCGGCUUUGAAACCUGCUUUGCGGAAAGCUGGUGUCAUUACUGUCGAUGCUCGUCGCGUGGAGAGGAAGAAGCCGGGUCACGUCAAGGCCCGCAAGAUGCCCACCUGGGUCAAGCGUUGA